AUGUUCAAACCAACCGCUGGCUUUGUUUUCGAAGUUAUGGGUCACAAGUAUAUUGUGGCCAACACAAAGACGCUGUUCACCAUUCGGUCUCUCAGUAAUAUGUCUAGCGAGGAUUUGGAUUUAUCACACGUAUCAGGUGUUCAUAAGUUCUCGCUGCACGAUCAACGAGUCGAUUUGGAGCGCGUUAAUCAAUACCACAGGCCACUUGCUACGAAUGUUGCUGGAAUCGAUGCAUACGCGUUCGAAGUGUCUACCAACAACACCAUUUGUGGGAUCGUCUUCUUCCAGUUUACAAUAGCGAUGGGACAUCCGAUACAUUACGUGUUCAUAAAUAAGCUCUGGCAAAUGUGGCAUCGUGAUUAUCGGCAUUGGACAUGGAAACUUGUCUUUGUUGUCACCGAGGAAAACGAGCGUGAUUUCGAAGAACAGCAGUGGAAGCCGAGUAGUGGGGCGAAUACUUGGAAGGGAAGAGUUUCACAGUAUGUUAUAGGUGUCAAUGCAGGGGCACUUUGGGAGGCAAUGCAUACCUAG